CCAACUUCUUCAGUCAAUCCACAAAAAUCAAAACAAAAACAUUGAAAAUAAAAAUUUGUUAAAAUCUUUCAAAAAAUGAAUAACGAGAAGUUUCAAGACGUUUUAAGGAACUGGACAGAUGACUUACCAAUCUGUCCACUCACUGGAUGUGGAUCUGUCAUAAAUCAAAUGUAUUCAAAAGAUGGUCGGAUGAAAGAAAUGCACAUAAAUUAUGAGAAGAAGUGUUAUUGUUCUUACGAUACGGAGAACUUCCUCUACUCAAUCUGCACUGGAAUCAACGGUGCCAACAUCAGUGACUUUGCCUUAUCCAGAAUGACAGCAGACAUACUUCUUGGUGGUCAGCUUAACCAAGUUGGGAAGCCAGAUGAAGAAAUCAAAGAAUUAUUAAGGCAAACAUUUAAUUCAGCUGAAAAAGGCUACAACACAACGAUUGACAACUUACUAGCCACAAAACAGCAGCUACAAUACCAAAUUUUAGAUUUGAGUCAGUAUGAGAUAUCCCAAAAGUAUCAGGAUGUCCUUAAUCGAUUAAAUGUGAUAAACAAGGAUUUGUCAAUUGGAUCGUCAGUCUUGAUAGCUCUAAUCACUAAUAAGAAGCUGUUUAUAGCCAAUUUAGGAGUUUGUCGUGCCUUAAUAGUCAAAAAUGACAGCAGGAAUGAUGACGUCCUGAGAGUCGUUCAAGUCACAGUCGAUCACAACUUACUUAAUGAGGAUGAAUUUGUCAGAUUGUAUAAUUUAGGACUUGACAUGUCAUCCUUACAGUCAUCACUUCCUACAACUAGAUGCAUUGGAAAUUACUUGGGUAAAGGCGGUUAUAAAGAUUCAGAAUUAUUUUCACAGUCAUCAGGUGAAGUCAUAUCCAGCCAUCCAGAGAUCAUUGGACCAAUAUCGCUUGAUGAUUCUGUGAGGUUCUUGCUGUUGCUGUCUGGUGGGCUUUGCAAAGUCCUGUCUCAGCUAUUUACUAAUGACUUAAACAUCGUCAACAAGGAACUUGUCCAAAUCUGCGUCCAGCAGUUCAACAAACAAAGCACAUUAGUCGGUGUGGCUCAAAGUGUCACAAAUAUUCUUGCUCAACUGCACCACGACUUAUACAUGAAGUCAAAAGUGAAUGGAAUUGAUUGCUCAUUUGACUCGCGCGAGGAUAUGACGCUCUUGAUCAGGAACUUUUCAUUUCCAAUGCCAAAUUCGAUUGAAAAUAGCAAAAAUUCAACAGCCUCAUCGACAAUUUCAGGCAGUCAAAUAGGAACAAUUACGUCAUAUUCAUCUACUAAUACGAGUGUUAAUUAUGCAGCUGGUGAGAAGCAGACGAAGCCUUAUGUGUCAUUUAAGGAAUAUUUCGCGAAUGUUGAGAUAGCAAGGAAGGAGGGACGGUUGCCAAAAAAUAUAGAUUUUGAUGAUGAGCCUUUGGAAUAGAUUAAUUUGUAGAUGUUAAUUAAAAGUACAGAAAAUUCUUUUAUUUUGAUUAAUAAAAUGUUUAUUACUAUUUUAA